AUGAAAUAACUCAGUUUAUUAAAUCUAGUCAACAUCCAACCAAAAUAGAAUACAACUACUUAUUAAUCAACCAGGGAAAAUACAAAAAAAAUAAGAAGCUUUGAUAUAAUUGGCAAAAGUCCUUAUAAAAUUAACUUGGCUAGAUAAACUCAAAAACAAUUCAUAAAAGAAUACUAACCAAUUACUAGCAGAGCCAAUUAACGAUAAAAUAUCAAGUCUCCAACUGAAAUUUUAAAAUCCAAUAAGGCAAUUAGUUUUAGCAAUCAUAGUAUUUUGUUCUUAUAUACAAGUUGAAAUUCAUUAAAAUGAAACAUAAGCAAAACAAUUUUAAAAGUCUUAAUAACUUCAGCUAAAAUCGAUUCUUAUUAAAGAAUAAGAUUAAUUACAUUUGUUUGAUUAAGCUAAAAGUAACACAAUUUUAUAUGAUAUUAGAAA